AUGGUUAUUCGAGAGUCGGAGGAGCAGGGGUCUCUGGAUAAUGGUUUGGAGGAUCAGGCUGGCACCGAUCCAAACAACGUUUACAAAGGCUUCUUAAAUAGCUCGAACUGUGAUGUUGCUGUUAAGAAGAUAUUGAAGAAUUCUGAGCAAGGGCCAAGGGAGUAUGGAGCAGAAAUAAGAAUCCUCAGUUCGCUUAGGCAUCGGAAUCUUGUCCAACUCCUUGGUUGGUGCCACGAAAAAGAAAUGCUUCUUGUUUACGAGUUCAUGCGCAAGGGCAGUUUAGAUUCUCAUCUGUUCAAAGGAGGAAGCUUGUUAAGUUGGGAGAUCAGAUACAGAAUUGCUCAAGGCUUGGCAUCUGUGUUGAUGUAUAUACAACACGAAUGGGACCAAUAUGUGGUGCACAGGGAUAUCAAAUCUAGUAACAUUAUGUUGGAUUCAAAGUUCAGUCCAAAACUUGGAGAUUUUGGGUUAACUCGAUUUGUUGACCACGACAAAUCCUCGAAAACAACAAUUAUUGUUGGAACUAGAGGGUAUAUGGCUCCAGAAUAUAUUACUGAAAACAAGGCGAGUAAGCAUACGGAUAUCUUCAGCUUCGGAGUUGUUGCCUUGGAAAUAGCAUGUGGGAGAAAACCCUUUGAUCACAGGUUGGGACGUGAUAAAUUCAAUAUGGUGGAGUGGGUUUGGGAACUUUACAAAGGAGGGAACGUCAUUGAAGCAGCUGAUCCGAAACUGGGUGUGACUUAUGAUAGGAGGUAGAUGGAGCGUUUGUUGAUUGUUGGGUUGUGGUGUUCUCAUCCAGAUAAAAGUACACGGCCUGGAAUAGAACAAGUGAUUGAUGUGCUUAACUUAAAAGACGUACACCCAUUUCCUAAUAUUCCAGCACCUGCAGAGAGUUCUAUUUAUCUUACUAGUUCUGAUGAAUACCAGAUCGAGUCUUGAUAUCGAUAUAGCAAUGAUUCAUCAUAAUUGGCUCAUCCUUCCAAUAGUUUGUGGAUCAUCAGUACAGUUCAAUAGGAAAUAUGUGUGAUUUAUUGGUUUUGAUAGAUUGCUUGGAUUUGAAGUUUUUUGUAAUUUGGUUUAUUUUGUAUUGAAUUUUUGGGCUUUUAUUUUC